CAACAGCCACCCGCAGCACGCGUCUGACUGCCAUGGUUGACAGGAACCGGGAGCAUUCUGCAUCUGGAAUGGCUUGCGAACAUGGACGAUGACGAGUUCGACUUCUCGGACCACGACCUCGACGACCUGCCGGCCAACACCCUGCAGCAGCUGGAGACGACCGCCAUCUGCGCAACCCAGCACCACCGCAACGAUUCUGCCGCCCACGGUUCCGACUAUGGGCUCGACGACGGCGACGAGGUGGUCAAUCUCGACGACGAGGCAGACGCGCCCGGCUUUGCACCUGCCCAGCAGAACUAUGGCUACAAUCCCACCAACACCGACGGCAAUGCGCUCUACGGCGACGCCAUGGAGGUCGAGGAGCCGCCGCGGCAGUCGCAGGCCGACGUGAGCAAGCUGCUCCAGCGCAUCAAGAAGCUAGAGCAAGAGAAGCGACGGCUGAACAAUAACCUCCAAACCGCCACCGCCGAAGCGAACAAGAAGGCCGGCGAGGUGGACAAUCUCAGACGGCGUGCCGAAGCCGCGAAUCGGGCGAAUGAACAGCGCAUUUCAGCUCAGCAGCACGCCCAGCGGGAGAACGAAGAAAAGCUCCAGGCUGAGCGCGACAGUUUGCGGCUCGAGCUUGAGCGGACCAAGGACAGCAACAAGUUCACCGAGAAUGAAGUGCAGGAUGAGAGGCUGAGGAGAACGCGGAGGGCGAUACCAACAAGACCCAAGCCAGCCGCGGCGGUGCCAGCAAGCCCCGUGGCAACACCAAAGAAAGCGCAAAAGACGCUGCCCAUCGGUGAUGGCUUCGACGACGAGGACAUUGUCAUGGCCUCUCCCUCCAAGAGACGGGAAAAGGCAAAGGCAGCAACUCCCAAGCAGGCGGGGAAGAGGAAGCGGCAGGUCUUUAAUGACAGCCCCAUAGCAGCUCUGCAACUGAGCGAGCCGCGAGAACGACCGAAACCGCCCGAACCUGUACCCGCACCCCAGCAGGACGGAAAAUUGGACAUUGCUCUUCUGCGCCAUCUCUGGAAGGACGACCACCGCUUCAUCCUUCUGCACCGUCUGCUGGCCCACCGCUCUUCCAAUGGCACCGACCGCGUGCUGGAAGCCCUCACCCAGCAUGCCUUUCCCUCCCAGCCGCAGAAGAAGCUGUCUUCCAUGGUCUACGACGCGCUUUCGAGCUCUGGUGCUUCGCCCAACGCACGUGAACUUGCAUUCCGCAUAUGCCGCGCCUUCCUCAAGCUCUGGAGACAGUGCCUGCAAGAGAACUAUUAUGCGCCCGUAUACCUGAUGCUGGAUGCGCUGCACUUCGUCCUGGCCUGUGAACCAGCGAAAACUGCGGCUGAACUGGCAGUGGAGAUUAUCCCGCUCAUCAUGGACUCUGUCCAGCUUGUAGCAGAGCCCGUCUACUGGGGUGCAACAGGGGAUAAGAAGAAACUCACGGAGCUUUUCUCGCCGGCACAACGCCAGAUUGCAUCGGAAAUCGAUGUGCUAGACUGCUUGGAGCUACUCUACCUCAUCGCAACAAGCUGUCUCUCGUUACCAUCUCCAGAAGCAGAAGCUCUUCCGCGCUUCUGGCGAACCAUAUCAUCCCCCUGGGUUCUUCUGCUGCUCAACAAAGCACAGCCUCUUCCUCACAUAUCGCUCAUGCUGCGUGUCCUAUCCACAUCACCCCUGUCUACCUCCUUUGGACCUAUAGUAUCCGACGAUCCAAGGGAGCAGGCCAACGCAGAAAGCCAACUCGUCAGCCGCCUGACGAACCUAUUCACCGACACGCUUACGACCAUCCCUGACCCCCAAGAACCAUCUACGGAGCCCAUCCCGGAUGACCGCAUCUGGCAGCUGCGUCUCAGCGUCCUAGACGUCCUCACCCAGUUCUCCAUCCCAGAACACGGUUCCACAUUUCUCGCCCAGCACAACCUCUGCGUCGGCCGCCUGGUCAAAUACCUCAACUCCUGCGUCAUGUCUCUCUACACGCAUCCACUCUCACCAAACCAGGACCGCAAAAUUGCAAGCAUCAACGCGACCAUGAAGCUUAUCCACCACAUCGUGAUUAGCAAUCCCGGCUUCGCCGUCAAGAAUAAGUUAGAUGGAACCUUGGGCGGGCACCAUGCGUACAAGGUCUGCCUGACGCGGUUAGCCUUCUCAGAAGGCCUGGUUCUUGAAGCGGGAAUUGAGCCUGCCGUCAUGGAUAUGGCGUCGGACAUUCUGGAUGAGAAUCUCGGCCCCGAGGAGGGAGAGGAGUAUAUGCAAGUCUUUAGUAGUGGGACUAGUGUAUAGCAGUCGUAGUAGGAUAUAUAUGUGGGCACUAGGUGCUUUGGAGGUUCCGUCUUGGCUUAGCAUUGCACACUCGAGGGAUAUUGCAUUGGGCGACGUUGUACUGGCUGGAUAGUUACAUACCUUACUUAGCAGCUUGUCAUUGGUGAUGAGCUUUUGCAAAAACAAUUGAUAUUAUGCAAUGCAGC